UGACUGACGCGAAUUGUCUAGAACUUUCUGGAAGACACGCGGGCAUCAGGGAUUAAUCUAGAACCUUCGAUGACUCAGGUAUAAAAGCCGACGCGUUUCGCCGCUGAUCAGAUUUUCGACGAUCGCCGACUGUGUUCGCCGCUAUCGUUGUGCUUUGAGUGUACCUUGCUUUUGUGGGCACAGGUUCGCCCAAUAAUGUCCGUUUUACCAUUCACAGUUUUACGACUGUUCUCUUCACUGUCACUACUACGUGACAUCUGGUGGAGGUGCUAGUGCGUUCAUGCAGCGAACGCCCCCGCAAAGCCGCGAUCCAAGCCCGAAACCGGAGGACAACGCCAACGUCACCAAGGACCAGCGAGCUAGCCGUAGGCAGCAAGGACUUCUGCCGGAGUACGGACUUCUUCCCGAGAAGACCACAGCGAUCAAGGCCAAGUCAACGACCUCAAUGGCAGCCCCAGCGUCCCCCAUCCUGCUGCAACAACCUCGGGAGCCCCCGACCUUCCGUGGAUCAUCGGCUGAAGACCCUGAAACCUGGCUGGAGACAUACGAGCGGACCGCGACUUUCAACAAAUGGAGCGACGACGACAAGCUACGCCAUGUCUAUUUUUCGUUGGAUGACGCUGCUCGGACCUGGUUUGAGAACAGAGAGACCACCCUGGCUACGUGGGACCUCUUUCGUGAAAACUUCGUGAGGACCUUCACGAGUGUCGUACGAAAGGAGAGGGCAGAGGUUCUCCUAGAAACCAGAGUGCAAUUGCCGAACGAGAACAUCGCGAUCUUCACGGAGGAGAUGACUCGCCUCUUCCGCCACGCCGACCCCGACAUGUCUGAAGAAAAGAAAGUUCGGUUCUUGAUGCGGGGUGUCAAAGACCAACUAUUCGCCGGAUUGAUGCGCAACCCGCCCAAGACUGUCGCCGAAUUUCUUUCCGAGGCUACAACGAUCGAGAAGACGCUUGAAAUGCGCGUCAGGCAAUACAACCGCCGUGCCCUGACCAACUACGCCGACGCUCAAGCGCUAGGCGCCGACGACCUGCGCGAGACCAUCAGAGCGGUCGUUCGCGAGGAGCUGCAUAAGCUCUUUCCCCGGUCGCAGCCUCACGUGGCAUCUAUCGCCGACGUCGUCAAAGACGAACUUCAGCGCUCACUUGGAGUUCCCGAUGUGCAGCCACAAUCGCCGCAACCCCAGCCGGAAGCGCUGACCUACGCCGCCGUCGCCCGUCGUCAAGGCCCCCCUCCGCGCUCGCGCCAGGGCCCCGUAACGACGCAGUUCCGUCGUCCACCGCCGCCGCCGCCAGCACGCCCGCCCGUCGCCCAGCGCAGCUACCAGAGGAAGACGGACAUUUGGCGCGCUCCCGACCACCGCCCGCUCUGCUAUCACUGCGGGGAAGCCGGCCAUGUCUACCGCCGAUGCCCAUACCGCGAAAUGGGCCUACGAGGGUUCCCCGUCAACGCGCCGCGUCCCGAUCGAGCGGGUGUUUUGUCGCUAGCCUUCGCGGUUGGUGCUCGUUUUCCCGUGACCGCAUCUGCCCAGCUCACCCUCUCGGUGGUCUCGGUGUCUCUCGUUACGGUCCUUCUGGGGGUGCGGCUGCGCAUCCGGCGAUGCUUCCGGGGGUCCGGGGUGCGGCUGCGGGACCGGGAGCGGCCUCGGCUGCGGGUCUUGGAUCUCGAGCGGGACUUGCCGGCGGAGCUGGUGGCUUUGGCGGCCUCUUCCGCCUCCUCGGCGGCCCAAUGUCGUUCCCAUUGCCUCUUUUUCACGACGUAG